CGUUUUCAUUGCAUCAGCUUGUGGAUUCGUGAAGGAUUAAAGCUCAGCUCAGAUAUAGGUGCAGAAGGAAUUCUCACUGACAGCACUUGCAGUUGGAACAUUGCUUGGCUGCUGCUGAGUGCAUGACUCAAACCCACUAUGAUGAGCUUCACUUUAAGGAACCUUCUGGGGCGUUCGAUUUCUCUGAGCAACAAGUGUUCUGUGCGCUCAUUCCGAUGUGGACAAGUUAUGCUGAGUGCUACUAAUCUAAAAGGACGUCACCUGUUAACACUCAAGGAUUUUAAUGGUGAAGAAAUAAAGCAACUGUUGUGGACAUCAGCUGAUCUGAAAAUGAGAAUUAAAGACAAAGGCGAGGCACUCCCUUUACUUCAAGGGAAAUCUAUUGCCAUGAUUUUUGAAAAAAGAAGCACUAGAACAAGAAUUUCUACAGAAACAGGAUUUGCAUUGCUUGGAGGACACCCGUGCUUCCUCACAACACAAGAUAUUCAUCUAGGAAUAAAUGAGAGUCGUAAAGACACAGCAAGGGUGUUGUCUGGGAUGACUGAUCUGAUUCUGGCCCGGGUUUACAAACAUUCGGAACUCCAGCAGUUAGCAGAAGAUGGCUCUGUCCCUGUGAUCAAUGGAUUGUCUGAGCUCUAUCAUCCUAUCCAGAUCCUGGCUGAUUACCUUACUCUUCAGGAACAUUUUGGCUCAUUGACUGGCUUGACUGUGACUUGGAUAGGAGAUGGAAAUAAUGUGUUACACUCUUUCAUGUUGAGCGCUCCAAAACUUGGAAUGCAUCUUCGUGUUGCCACACCUAAGGGCUUUGAACCCGAUGCUACUGUUACCACAAUUGCCAAGUCAUUGUCAGAAAAGUGUGGAACCAAGAUGUUUUUCACUGACGAUCCCCUGGAAGCAGCAAGUGGAGCUAAUGUUCUGGUGACAGAUACAUGGGUCAGCAUGGGACAAGAAGAGGAGAAAGCUGAGAGGCUGAAAGCAUUUCAUGGUUAUCAAAUCACCAUGAAGACCGGACAGUAUGCUGCACCAAACUGGAUAUUCCUGCAUUGUUUACCACGAAAACCAGAAGAAGUUGAUGAUGAAGUAUUUUACUCCCCAAAAUCUCUGGUCUUCCAAGAAGCUGAAAAUAGAAAAUGGACAAUCAUGGGUGCAAUGGUGAGCAUACUAACAGAUUAUACCCCAAAACGCUCCAAGCCAAAAUUCUGAAUCCUGUCUUCCAGCCAACAUCGACAUGCAAUGGAAGCAUUCUAUGAAGAGCAUCCAGAAAUGCUUUAACUUUGCAGUUUUUAUUAUAUAAUUAAAUUACAUCAUUUUGCUGCACUAUGAUGACAAUAUGGCUUAUUUGCAAUAAUCAAGAAGAAAUUAGAAGUUUACAAGAGAUCCUUUGAUCGAUGUCGAAAUGCAGAUAUGAUGUACAAGCAUCUCAUGUUAUCAUUCUAUAUCCUGUCCUACUCAACAUCCACAAUGCAAGCCUAAAGAUAAUAAAAAAGCAGCAAGAGAA